AUGCCUCUGCCACCUCCGUUAUCCGCUCCUGCUGGGCGAACAAUAAGGACUGCGUUUGAGGAACUUGAUCGAGCAAUUACCCCCGCAGAUUCGAGCGAGUUUCGUGUUUCCACUCUUCAACAAGUACGAGAUGCAGCUCUUGAGAUUGAGCGGCAGCUUGCAGCGAGAGGCUCGCUUCGCAACAUGCGUCGGCUUAUGCCUCUCUUCAAGGGAAUGGAGCACUAUUCCAAAGUGAUGGAUGUUCUGUGUAACGGCACCCCGUAUCUACCGUGGAUAUGGGCACCAGUCGCUUUAAUUUUACGAAUCGCCUCGGAGUAUGUCGACGCGUUUGAGCAGAUUAUUAAAGGAUACUCGCAACUUGCGGAAUCCCUGGGAAGGUUCGAGAUCCUGGGCAAUGCUUUUAUUGGCAAUUCCGAUUUUCAGCAGACUUUGGCCGUCUUUUAUGCGGACAUUCUGCAGUUCCACAAACAUGCAUACAAAUUUGUUCGCCGAAGUGGUUGGAAACUACUAUUUCUUACAUCUUGGGGUCGAUUCCAGAGACGAUUCGACAAUAUCCUUGAAGAUAUGAAGCGGCACGAGACUUUGAUCGAUCGAGAAGCAAACGCACGCAACAUUGCCGAAGCAAGAGAAAUGCGCCAAGAGAUUCGCCGCUGGAGAGAGCAGAGCCUCGAUCAGUUGACUAGCCUUGAUGGAGAAGAGGCUGCUAAGCAAUACCAGUCCAUCAUAUCAUGGCUAAAUAUGGAUGAAUCAGACCAACUAGCCAUCUUCGAAUCAAUAUCAACUGAAGGACGUAAACACCCAGGCACUUGCUCAUGGGUGCUCAAGAAUUCCAAAAUCAGUUCCUGGCUGCAGAGGAAGCAGGAUACAUCGAUCCUCUGGUUACAGGGCACGCCAGGGUCUGGAAAGAGUGUGAUAUCGACGCAAAUCGUCACCUUCAUGCAGGCAUCCAACAUGUUCGUCAUUCACCAUUUCUGCACCUAUUUAUAUACGUCUUCUACCACCUAUGAGCAAAUACUGAGGUCAUUGCUCAUGCAGCUACUCCGAAAGGAUGGUGAUUUGGUUGCCCACGUCUAUGAAGAGUUUAUUAUGGAGAAAAAGUCGCCGACUGUACCAGCCCUUGAGAGGCUUUUACAACUCCUGUUCAAAAGCAUAUCGAACGAGCCAUCCAAAGUAGAAUAUGUGUGGAUUAUUCUAGAUGGUUUAGACGAAUGCGAGCCAGACAAGCAAGCUCGAGUAGUAAGCUUGAUGAAUCAGAUCGCGUCUGAUAGAUCGUCGUCUGGCAAUGCGACCUGCAAAGUCCUCAUAUCAAGUCGUACCUCUCCAAUCCUAUCAAAUUGUUUACGCCAAAAGCAGACAAUCUCCCUAAGCGAAGAAAAAGACUGCCUAGAAGAGGCAAUACGCCAGUAUGCAUCUCAAAGGUUGCAGUCCCUGGAACGGAAAUUCCACCAACUCCAUAUAUCGCCCGAAGAAAUUGACAAUAUCGAGCGUGGGAUUGCAAAAAAGGCAGACGGGAUGUUUCUAUAUGCCCGACUUGUUUUGGAUUAUCUCUCGACAAAUAUCUUUUAUAGCGGCGAUGAAAUCAUGACAUCCGUCAAUCAUUUGCCUGAAAAGCUUGUUGAUUUCUACCGCAAGAUUCUCCUCCAAAUACUCACCCACCUGGAUACUCGGUCGGAAAGUCGUGUUAGAUGCAUUCUCGGUUGGAUUGCAUUUGCAAAACGCCCACUGAAGAGGCUUGAGCUGUUGUCUGCAAUUACUUUUAGCUCUGGGGAAUCCGAGGUCACUCACCUUGUCCCUGAGUACUACAGAUUCCUACAGACUUCCUCAACCAACCUGAUCAUCAAUCAAGAAGAAUCGCUUCAAGAACAUGGAGUAGCUUCUGUCUGCUGUCUUCUAUCAGGGCUUCAGGUUUUUAGUAGCACGUACUCAGAACAGGCCAGAUACCUCCGAGUCAUCAAGGGCCUUCAUGGGUUUCAUGUGUACGCGACAGAAUUCUGGACUGAAUAUUUGUUGUCCAGCGCCAAGUAUGCCAAUGGGUGUCUAAGAGAGGAUUCGCGUCAAUUUCUUCUUGCCUUUCAAUUGGCAGAUGUUCUCAAUAAAGCAACCGGCUCCAUAUUGAGUGAAGAAGUUAAGAGUCAGCCAAAUGGUUUGGAUGAGCGGCUGUCAUUCUUGCGACAACAUCCCCUUCUCUAUAAACAUGUUGAAGGAGCUUUGAAGGGGAGAUCUCUCAAGCGACUUGAAGCAGAGCUCUCUCUAGAAACUCCCGAUGCGACGUCCCGAUCAUCGAAGAAUUUGCCUCCCUUGGACGGCAUUUCAGCCAUGCUCAUAAUAUAUCAAGACACUGUCAGAUCAUUGCUAGACCAACACGAUUACCCAGGAGUCACUGCCGAGGAGCUGGAGCUGUUCAAGAGCCAGUUCCGAGCCUCGGCGUUUACCUGUCGGCUCAAGUCCUGCCCUCGAGCUACACUGGGAUUUGAGUCAGAAAAGCUUCGUAUUCAGCACGAACUAACGCAUGUACGACGAUGGCGAUGCACUUUUGCCGGUUGCAAUUUCCCACCUUUUGUCUCACCCCAAGCACUGAAAAGCCACGCCGAGAAGUACCACAGUCACGGUCUUCCCCCAAGGUCUAUACGCAGCAUCCAGGUUUCGCCA